AUGGCCUCCAGUGGUAGCCGCACUAGUGUCUUUGAAUCUAUUUUAGAGCAUCUGGACUGGCUUAUAGAGAUGCGGCUCCAGUUCGAUGAUGAAGUGGAGUCGAAGUUGAAUCGUCUAAUGUUGGAGCUGAAGGACGACGUACGCGUAUUGCUACCCUUUGAUCUGUAUAUCACAAAUUGCUGGAAGAACCAGGAAAUGUGUUGGGAACCCGAUCUGGAGGAGAAGGGUAAUACUAAGUCCGACAGUUCGAGACUUAGUAUUAUGUUGUCGAAGAUUCAAGAUCUGGCUAGGACGAUAGUGCCUGGUCCUGAGUCUGCUGUUUUUACAUAUAUGCAGUCUCUUGGAUCAAAUCACAGUGACAUCAAAACUAAGCUCACCACAUUUAAGGAAAAGAUCAGGUUAUUUUUUGAGACAGAAAUCCAAUCAUCGUGCAUCAUCAGUUUGUUGCACCACUGCUCACUGGGAGAUCCACGACUAGUUACAAAUUUGAUUGACUCUGUUUUAGAGAGUCUGGAGUGGGUUGGCUGCUGGAUUGGCGAACUUCACAAAGCUCCGUCUAUUGAAAUGAGAACCCUUGAAGCGAAGCUAUCGUUCUUGAAGAGUUUCAUUUGCUUUGCCACAGUGCAAGGCAUCGAGGGUAAGCAAUUGAUGGAUCUGUUGUUCCACGCUGAAGUUGUGGCUGUCAAAGCUGCACGCCUGAUUUCUAUAUGUUGGUUUGAUAGAGAAAGUAAACAAAUGUGCAAUGAAGUGGAAUUUCAAAUUUCUCAAUUGAUACGCAAGGAGAUUGAUCCCGUUGAUCCCCAAGUCCGAGAAACUUAUAUCCGUGUUCUGACAGCUUCAAAGUUAUCCAGAUCGUCACACACUUUAGUGCUGGAGAAGAAUAAGCAUCUAUUGGCCAAAUUUAUUGAUUGUCUCCUGUAUAAUGCUAUGGAGCUACUAGAACAUUUUCCUAGUUUCUCGGUUCUCAUGAAGGAUCAAAUGCUAAUACUCCACGAGGGAGUAAGGUUCCUGAGAAACCUCUUCGGGCAGCAGCAAGAGAAAUUCGACGGGCUACAUGAUCAAAUGAAGGAUCUAAUUGGAUUUGUGGCCUGUGAUGCAGGAAUUGUGAUUUUAUCCCUUUCAGCAACUGAAAUGAACGAAGGUUUGGCCAAGGAAACAGAUCUCGCGCUUUUUCAUCUGGUCAAAGUGCUCAAGUUUAUUAUGGCAGAAUUUGCACAAAUUUAUCCACCACCGUCAUUCUGCUUUCCUUGGACCAAUGAGUUGGGCUGCUUUGAUUUCCUCCUAGAAAGUCUCCAAGAUUUAUCGAAUUCUGAAGCUGAUUCAAUUGAUUUCCCAAAGAAUCAUAUCGACAGAGUGCAAGAGGAUCUUACGUUCUUAAGAUCUUUGCUCAAGAAUAUUGUCGGGCAGCGCAACCAGAACGUAAAACUCCAAGCUCUUUGGAAUCGUGGUAUGGAGGUGGCCUAUAAGGCAAAGUUACUCAUCAACUCUAUUGUAUUUGGGGAUAAAUCUGAAUGUUUGGAUACCCUUGCUGGAGAUAUUGAACUGAUGAGGACUGAGGCCCUUGGAAUCUGUGACAGCCUCGGCCAUGGCACUGAUACUCAAAGAGUUACCACCAAUUCAGCUGAUACAACAUCAAAACUCAGAACCCCAGCACUGAAUGAAGCUCCAGUGGGUCUUGAUGAAGCAGUAAAGAUAAUCAUCAAUAGACUUACCAGGAGUUCAAAGCAGCUGGAUAUUGUUUCAAUUGUUGGUAUGGGGGGACUCGGUAAGACAACAUUAGCAAACACAGUUUACAACCGUAUGCAAAAUUCAGUUUGUCGCCACUUUCAUAUUCACGCUUGGUGUACUGUUUCUCAAGCAUAUAGCAAGCACAAUUUGUUAGCGCAGAUUUUGUGCAGUAUUCAUCAUGGUAGUCCUGGGGAAUAUCUUAACAAAGAUGAAGAUGAUUUGGCUGAAGAGCUAAGGAGGGUUUUGUUGAGAAAUAGGUAUCUCAUAGUUUUGGAUGACUUGUGGGACAUUGAGGCAUGGAAUUUGUUGGAAAGAUCAUUUCCAAAUGAUUUAAGCGGAAGUAGGAUUCUCUUAACCAGCAGAAUUCACAGUUUGCCAUUACAAUUAAAACAUGAUAGCGAACCUUACCAUCUUCACCAACUUACUGACAAAGAGAGCUGGACAUUGCUGCAAAAUAAGUUAUUUGGCAAGGAAGGUUGCUGUCCUCCAACACUAAAUGAAGUUGGAUUCCAAAUUGCAAAAAACUGUAAGGGACUACCUCUCACAAUUGUCCUUGUUGCUGGAAUUCUUGCAACUACUGAGCAUGAUUGCUGGAAAGAAGUUGCAGAAACUCUAAGUUCUAGCACAAUUGUUGAGACUGAACAAUGCAAGAUGACACUGGAGUUGAGUUACAGCAAUUUGCCUGGUCAUCUGAAGCCAUGCCUUCUUUAUUUCGGUGCAUUCCCGGAAGAUGAAGACGUUCCUGUUCGAAAAUUGAUCUGGCUUUGGAGCUCUGAAGGAUUUCUGCAAAAGACUGAAGGAAAGAGCUUAGAGGAUGUGGUAGAUGAGUACUUGACGGAUCUGCUCCAAAGAAGUUUAGUUAUGGUCACUCGACAAAGAUCUAUAGGUGGUGCCAAAGCUUGCCGAAUUCAUGAUUUGAUACACGAGUUUUGUGUGGAAAAAGCCAAAGAAGAAAGUUUCCUACAGAUUUCUCGUGGGAAAAAUGAUCUUUUGACUCUGACUGGACCGCACAACCUUCAUCGACUAUGUAUUUACAAUACCGGGCUGGAGAAGCUUAAAAAGUCUAAGGUAUUUUUUCCCGAUUUACGUUCUUUGCUCUUCUUUGAUAAGUGGGAUGGGCUGCGUUAUCUUCCAAUUGGGGUUUUGCCAUUCAGACUUCUUAGAGUGUUGGAUUUUGGAUGUUUUAGUUUUCUCUAUGGAUUUCCGAUGGAAGUAGUAUUGCUUGUUCACUUGAGAUGCUUGGUGAUUUCAAGCAUUGGGUCCGUGCCAUCUGAAAUAGCUAACCUCUCAAGAUUAGAAACUCUUUUGGUGAUGGCAUGCCGUCGUAAUGUUGGGCUGCCGACCACUAUCUGGAACAUUCAGACGUUGAGGCAUCUAUGCAUUGCACAUUCCUGUUUUGGUUUUAGUUUUCCUGCUGACAGUCUUGACGGCUGCCCGGAUUUAAAACAUUUAGAGACUUUAAGCCUUGCAAUUGAUUCCUCUUCUCAAAGCUUGCAGAAGAUAUUGACAAAGUUACCAAGCAUCCGCAGGCUAAAAUGCGUGCCUUGCAUUGAGGAUUCUAGUUCUUCCAGAAACUGGAUUCUCGUGCUGGAUGGUCUGAGUCGACUAGAGUCACUUAAAGUGGAUUUUCGUGCUCCGUUGGAAAUUAAAUUCCCACUUUAUUUGAAAAAGUUGACUCUCUCAUGUACUCGUAUGCCAUGGACUGAAAUUUCAACAAUCGGAAAGCUGCCGAGUCUUGAAGCGCUUAAAUUACGGCAUGAAGCCUUUGUAGGGGAAAAAUGGGAAAUGAAAGCAGGGGAGUUCCUUAACCUCCGAUUCUUGGAAUUGUCAAGUUUGGACCUCCGAAGUUGGACUGCCACUUCUGACAAUUUUUCCCGUCUUGAGAAGUUAGUUGUGGAAAGAUGUUGGAAGCUGGAAGAGGUCCCUUCUUCUUGUUUAGGGGAAUGUUUGACUCUUGAAAUGAUUGAGCUCAAGUGGUGCUGCAAGUCUGCUGCGACUUCUGUAAAGCAAAUUCAAGAAGAACAGGUGGAUAUGGGAAAUGUGGAUCUAAGGGUCAUUCUUGAGGAUCUAGUCGAUUCUUCAGAAGCAGAGUCGUGUGAUUAUGCUGAUCUAUCCGAUUCUUCAGAAGCAGAGUUAAAUUAA